ACCGGAAGUGUUAUCUUUCCUGAUGGUUCCUCUUGAAUCUCAACAUCUGUGAGAACAAACGUCACUUUCCUCCAUCGUCUGCGUCGAGUUCAAGGAGCGAAUCCGACAUGACGACGCGGUGACGGACGCGUGGGACAGCGGGUAACUGCGUGUGGAGCCGCGGGCGGAGGGAGCGAUGGAGACGGCGGCACUGGGCUGAUUCUUCGCCCCCCUGAGCUGCACCAUGAUCCCCGUGUCUCUGCUGGUGGUUGUGAUGGGAGUCUGGUGCGUGGUGUACCUGACCGACACGCUGCUCAGGUCGUCAUCGACACACAGGAUCCGGUACGAGUCAUGGCUGGCGAGUCGAGGCCUGAUGUUGUCUCCCUUCCACGUGAGGUGGCAGACGACCGUGUUCAACCGGCUGUUUGCGUACUGCGCUCGCAUCAACCCCCGAGCCCUCCACCUGUGGUUCAACAGUGGUCUGGUGUUCGGUAUUGUGUCCAUGGUGGGAUCUGUGGGGCUGCUGGUAAAGACGCUGCAGCAGACGCUGGCUCAGAUGACCUCAGACAACCCGCGGAUGGAAAGUCAACAGGCGCUGCAAGUGGUGGUCCCUGGUGUCAAUCUGCCCACGAACCAGCUCGGCUACUUCUUCACCGCCUUGCUGCUCAGUGGCGUCAUACAUGAGCUUGGCCACGCGGUGGCAGCACUGAGGGAACAAGUGCGGGUGAACGGCUUCGGCAUGUUUGUGUUCGUGCUGUACCCCGGGGCCUUCGUGGACCUGUUCACCACUCACCUCAACCUGGUGUCGCCCACGCAGCAACUUCGCAUCUUCUGUGCUGGAGUCUGGCACAACUUUGUUCUGUGCCUGGUGGCGUUGGCUUUUCUCUUCCUGUUGCCCAUCGUUCUCCUUCCCAUGUAUUCCACUGGAGGCGGAGCACUGGUCAUCGAGGUUGUGCAGGGCUCUGCGGCAGACGGUCCUCGGGGUCUGUCGGUCGGAGACAUCGUGACGGGGCUGGAGGACUGUCCCGUCAGGGGGGUGGAGGACUGGAGCAGCUGCCUGUCUCACCUGUCUCACUCCCCACAGACCGGAUACUGUGUCCCCGUCGCCAGCCUGCAGCCCAGCUGGGCUCAUGGAAGAGCUUUCAAGCGUCUGGAUGGAACGAUGGACUGCUGCAGCAACAACAGCCUCACCGAUCUCUGCUUCUCCUACAUGAAGCCACAGGGCCGGAGCAGCCGGGAGAAGGAGUUCGCCUGCAUGCCGGUGCGUAAGAUGGUGACGGGGACGCCGGUGUGUCGCAACGACAACGACUGCGCCGCACACACCCACAGCGUCAGCGUGUGCGUCAGCCCGUCUCUGGAGAACCAGACGCGCUUCAUCCGGGUCACACACCCUCCGAACACACACAUGCUGUUUGUGGGCUAUCCGCCGCACCUUCAGUACGCAGUGAGUCUGACCAACUUCAUCCCUCGCUUUACUUUCCUCCACCUGGAUCUGCCCGUCUUCCUGGAGACCUUCUGCAAAUACGUGGUGUCCCUCUCCGGUGCGUUAGCCGUGGUGAACUCCGUGCCGUGCUUCGCUCUCGACGGCCAGUGGAUGCUGAACGCUCUGCUGGAGGCCACACUGGUUACAGUGGUAACGGAUCGGCAGAAGCGCGAGCUGAUCGGCUUCUUCCUGCUGCUGGCCGGCAGCGCCCUGCUGGCGGCCAACGUGGCGCUGGGCCUGUGGAUGGUCACGGCGCGGUGAACCGCAGCGGUUAGCUAUCUUAAAGAAAUGGAAUGAGUAGAUAGAUCCCUGCGUGGACAGAUGUUUCUCUGAGGAGCUGGAGACGUGCAGACCGUUAAACUGUGAACUUACAGGGAACAGACUGCGAUACCAAACUUCACUGUCAGACUUCUGGAAUCUGUGGAGCAGAACGUUUCUCUGCCUCUCGGCCCGUUCUGAUCCACCAGGGAAAAACAUACACGACUCACUUCUUCCACCUUGUUUCCACCAUACACACUAAAGCACAUAUAUAAAUAAAUUGCUUAUCGCAAAGCACCGUCCUGUGUGACUGUUUACAAAGACUGCACAGUCUUUACAAAUUCAAAUAUCUAUAUACUGUGUGAGAAAAAAAACCAUCGUGGUUCUUAAGGGUUUGACUCCUAGAAGCCAUAUUUCCCUGCUGAACAACUGUGUUUGUUUUGGCCUAAACUAAGUUCAACCUUAGUUUUAAAAGCCUUUAUUCUAUUGGCUAAUGCAUGGCAAUACUUUUAAUUUACUACCACAUAUCACGGCCUCCACGUAAGUGUGAACAUUGGUUAAUGAUUUCAUGAAAGGCGACUAGACGAUCUGAAACGUGAGCUCAGUUCAGUUUCUUUCUCUUCCUCGACAUUGCGUCCGAAAGCGACUGAACUCUUUCCUCCCGAAGUUUAAGUUUGACUCUCGAACUGUUUGUGACCUGUUUGUAAAAGUUCAUUGUUAAAGCUGUGGAAUAAAAAUUUGUUUUAUUUAA